UCUUUCCCACUGGAGGUUUCCCGCAGCACCUCCCUUUCAUCUCAAGCUCUCCUUGUUCCCAAGCUUCGAACAAUCCGACGAGAAGGAAGCGGACGCGAGACCGGAAAGCGAUCAAGGGAUCGAAUCCAUCAACGCGUCGAGAUGUCUUCGCCCGCCGAGUACUACAAUUCACUUCCAACUAUAAGCAAGGCAUUUGGGACAUUGUGUUUCUUUACCACUGUGCUGGCUCAGCUCCAGAUACUGAGCCCGCCCUUUCUUGCCUUAUAUUACCCCUUUGUGUUCAAGAAGUUUGAGAUAUGGAGGCUAUUUACUAAUUUCUUUUUCCUGGGCAAAUUUUCCAUCAACUUUGGUAUUCGCCUUCUGAUGAUAGCAAGGUAUGGUGUGCAGUUGGAAAAGGGUGCAUUUGAAAAGCGGACUGCAGAUUUCUUGUGGAUGAUGAUAUUCGGUGCCAUCUCACUACUGGUACUGUCUGCUAUUCCCCUACUGAAUUCUUAUUUCUUGGGAGUACCCAUGGUCAGCUUGCUUCUUUAUGUCUGGAGCAGAGAGUAUCCGAAUUCUCAGAUUAACAUGUAUGGCCUUGUCCAAUUGAGGUCGUUUUAUCUUCCAUGGGCUAUGCUUGCAUUGGAUGUGAUAUUUGGGUCACCUAUACUUCCUGGCCUUCUGGGUAUUAUGGUUGGACAUUUGUACUACUUCCUUGCGGUGUUGCACCCACUAGCCACUGGAAAGAACUACCUCAAGACUCCAAAAUGGGUACACAGCAUUGUUGCUCGAUUCAGAUUAGGCGUGCAGGCAAACUCUCCGGUCAGGCCUGCCAACACCGGCGCCGGUCCCUUCAGAGGAAGAAGCUAUAGACUCAAUCAAUAAUAUUGACCUGGACAACACACCUUGUAUUGUGAUGCCUGUUCCGAAUUGCUAUGUAGAAGCAGAGCUCCGAACAUACUAAGGGUCAACCAGGAUUAAGGAUUGUCUUCUUUUAGAGGCACUAAAAGAACUAGACUUCUUGCGCAGAAUGGUUGAUGUGCGGAUUUAGUUCCUAACAAUGUUGAUCUUCCUUUUUUUACACAGGAAUAUAAUUGUGUUUUAUGCCAGUUUGUCUUCUAUGGUUCGUGUCGAAAUAAUUGUGUUCCUCAUUUUAGGGAAAAAAUUGAGAAUAAAUUUGCAUGAGAUUGUGCUA